AUGGAUGCGCAGGCCAAUCCGUUGGAGCAGGCAUCCUGGCAUGCGGCGGUGUCGCAGCGGGUCAUGUCGCCGGCUGCGCGCCCGCCGUCGGCUCGAACCCCCAGGUCUGCACCGUCGGCGUCCCAGUCGACGGCCGAUGCCAUGGCCGAGGCACUGGCUAGCUCAGAGCACGAGGUGCUUCGAGAUCAGCCUGUAGUCAAGACCCUGCAUGUCUACCAUGGCAAAGCUCACCGCUCCCCUCCGGACCACGACCUUGAGCGCAAUGGCAUCCUUCAUCUUCACGGUGUGCUGCACGUCUUCACCACCAAUGUCGACCACCCCGUUCCCUUCAGUCUGCCGGCCUCACUUCUCGCAACGCUCUUUGCCCCCUUCACAGUUGGACGCGCUAAAGACCUGCAGCCCAAGGACAGCAACGGUCUGGCCGACCCCUUUGUCCGCAUCAUGUUCGAUGCCAUCACCAUUGCAGAUACCGCCAUCAAAGCGCGCACACUGCACCCCGUCUGGGAAGAGGAUUUUGAAAUCCAUUGGUAUGCUCCCUUUGAACCCUCCUACUUGAUUCUCGUACUCCUCGAUCAGGAUCACAUUGCUCAAGAUUUCAUGGGGGAGCUCUAUCUGCCGCUGGCCGCUGAAGCGAAGGCGCGCUACUCGGAUUGGUUCAGCCUCGGCCGAAAUGCCAGCGAGUUGCGUGCUUAUUGUCAGGCCAACAACCUCAACGUCCCCGUGCUACACGACCCAGCUCGCGAGGCUGAACGCAAGCGCACCUACCGAUCUCGCAUGGCUUUAGCUCUUCGUGAUCGCCUUGAUUCCUCUUCCGAUUCAGCAGAGAGCCCCCCGGGAUCCCCCAUGGCACAACCCGCUCCUGUUUCCUCAACGUCAUCGCCAACCCCAAGCGCUUCAUUUCCAAGCGAACCUAUCAUUGGCAGCUUUCCCGAUGAGACCGAGCGCCCAGAGAUGUGUCUCAAGACGGUGGCCAUCUCUUGUGGUCACACCCGCGCCUUUGGCUCAUUGUACAUUACCAAUUACCGCCUGAUUGUCGUGGCACCGGCUCUGUGCUACGAUGACGACGCCGGAAAAAGCUCCGUAUCAUCCACUCCCAGCAUCUUGGCUGACCUUGCCGCCUCAGCUGGCCGCGAUUCACCAUCCGUACCCACACCCAACGUCAAGACGUUUAGCAUGUCCAUCCCACAUGGCCUGUUGGCAGCGGCCAUCGUCGAUGCCGUGAGCCGAACACACUACGCCGCGCAGCCCACAGACGAUCAUCUUAAGCUUCCGGCCCGCAGUCAGAUUCAAGAUUCGCUCCGGGCUGUCACCUCACCUCGUCGCCUCAUGCACACCCUCCGAAGCAACGCCGCCAACACCAAAGGCAAAAGCAAACCCGAGACACAUGAUCCCGAGGUUGCUGCCAGCGGCAUUGACGACGAUGCCAAUUCAGAAACCUCUGUGGUUUCCGAAAACGAUCGUAAACCAACCAAACGUCAGGAGCGCCAAGCCCAGUCAACCACGGUGGUGGUGACCAUCACAUGCCGCGACGCGCGCACCGUGCGCAUCGCGUUUCCCGGUGCCACUGGCUCGGCCUAUGUCCAGUCACAACCGUUUAUGCUUCACGCCAUUGAUGCUUGGUCAACGUUAGGCAUGGCCCAAACCUUGGCAGCGCGUAUCGAGCACUUGAUCGCCAAUUGCACCUCCCACCGCGCCGCUGACAUGUACGGCGGAGGUGGCCGGCCUGAGGACUGGAGCCGUUAUGACCCCAUGGCUGAAAUGCGCCGUCAAGGGCUAGUAUUUGAAGAAGACGUGUUUUCAGGAAGCCUCUCGGCCUGGAUGAAGAGCGAUCUUAACCGUGACUAUGAGCUAUGCCCCACGUAUCCACCCAUCCUAUUUUUGCCACGCAUGGUCUCCGAGUCUGUGAUUCGGGGAAGCGCAGCGUUUCGGUCCAAGCAGCGAUUGCCAGUAUUGACCUGGUACUCGGACCGUGGAGGUCGCCGGCGUUCCAUCGUUCGUGAUCAAAUUGCCGUGUUUGACGCGCGUUCCAUGAUUGCUGCCGGUGGCAAUCAAAUCAUGGGCAAAGGGUCGGAAAACUCGGCAUUCUACGUCGGUGCUCAGGUCUUCUUCAUGGAGAUUGGCAACAUUCACACUAUGCGCGCAAGCCACGACAAACUGCUGGAGCUGUGCAUUGGUGUGAGUGACGUGCAGUGGUACAGUCAGCUCGAAAACACCGGCUGGCUCUCCCACAUCAAGGCAGUGCUGAGCGCAGCCCGCGCUAUUGCACGCAAGGUGGAGAAUUUGGCGAUUACGGCGCUUGUGCAUUGCAGCGAUGGCUGGGAUCGAACGUCGCAACUCGUUUCGCUUGCGCAGAUCAUGUUGGAUCCCUAUUUUCGUACCAUUGACGGGUUGAUCGUGGUGAUUGAAAAGGAUUGGCUUGCCUUUGGGCACAAAUUUGACGAGCGGCAUGGUGGCGCCGACAGUGUGACGGAGCGUUCUCCAAUCUUUUUGCAGUUUCUUGAUUGCCUCUACCAGAUGACUGUCCAGCAUCCGACAGCCUUUGAGUACAACAGCCGCUUGCUCGUCUUUCUGGCUGACUACAGUCGGGCUGGCUGGUUCGGAAACUUCCAGUGCAAUUCACACCGAGAGCGGCGUGCGCGACGUUUAAGCCAAACGACGACGUCCAUCUGGUCUGCCGUGGAAGCCGAUCGUCCUCGUUUUACUUCAAGUCAAUAUGCUCCAGGCGGGUCGGACGUCAUCAUGCCCACUUGCUCGCUGAAACGGAUUGAGUUGUGGUCGGACUACUUUCUUCGCUACGACGCCAGUGUCGAGGCGAACAUUAACGACGAUGAGGAUGAAGAGGAUGUGCGUGCCUAUCGUCGAAUUUGA